UCCUAGCGCCGCGGAGGGGUGAACAAACAACAUUUGUGGACCACACCACGGAACAACCUAUGUCGAGAGCCAAAAUCCGAAAUAGACCCCUUCGAGCGAAAGGUUAUAUCGUUGAUAAUGGGCGAUGAGUGAGCAGCGAAGAGCCUGGCAUGUGGGGCCAGGGCAAUAAGGAACACUCAGGCGUACAGCACCUCCUCACUUUAGCCGACCCCACCGCCACAUCCUCAUCAGCACCACCACGAGCCUUCAAAAGAGGACAUUGUUCCACUCGAUUGAAUCCUCAAUAACAUUGUACGAUUGCAAUAAUGUCACAUUUCCCCCGACGCCCACCCUCAGGCAUCAAAGUGAUCAUAGUCGGCGCUGGAUUUGCUGGUAUCGCCGCAGCCAUAGAAUGCGACCGCAAAGGACACACCGUCACACUCCUCGAGAAAGCCGAGGCCAUCGAAGAAAUAACACGCUUCGGCGAUAUCAUUAGUUUCGAUCCAAAUGGCGCGCGCCUGUUCGAACGCUGGCCAGGCGUUAUUGAGGCCAUGUACAAAGUCGCGCGCAAGACGUCUUGGCUAGACUUGUACCAUUGGAAGGGCGAGUUCGUCACGCGACAAUCCUUCGCAGAUGAGAAGAGCUGGGGGCCUAGAAUCAACGGUCACAGGGGGGAGUUGUACAAUAUAAUUUACCAGCAUGCGAGAGAUCGAGGUUUGGACAUUAGACUAGGCCAAAGAGUCACGGACUACUUCGAAGACGAUAGCAAAGCUGGCGUCGUGGUUAAUGGAGAGAGAAUGGAGGCCGACGUGGUUAUCGCAGCUGAAGGUGUGCGGUCACGUGGCCGCAAGAUCGUGCUGGGUUUUGACGACAAGCCCAAGUCCUCCGGCUACGCCGUUUACCGGUGCUGGUUCCGCGGUGACGCUAUCAAAGACAACUCGCUCAUCAGACACCUUGUCGCAAACGGAGACACGCACUCUGGCUACAUCGGGCCGGAUCUGCAUUUCCUCGUUUCUUCAUUGAAAGAUGGGAAGGAGUUCAAUUGGGUCUUUACACACGUCGACGACGGAAAUAUAGAAGAGAGCUGGCAAUUUCCCGGUAAGAUCGAAGACUGCCUCAAGUAUGUGGAGGGCUGGGCACCUGUGGUGCAGGAGAUCGUGCGCGCGACACCAAAGGAUGCGAGACUCAUCGAUCACAAACUUGUGUUCCGGGAUCCGCUGCCGACGUUCAUAUCGCCCAAAGCGCGCAUCGUGCUCAUAGGCGACGCGGCGCACCCGUUCCUCCCGACGUCGAUACAAGGAGCAAGCCAGUCAAUCGAGGACGGUGUCGUGCUAGCAUCAUGCCUGGAGCUCGCUGGUAAGAAGAACAUCCCGCUUGCAGUGAAAUCGCAUGAAAAGAUUCGAUAUGAAAGGGUGCAUCAAGCGCAGGCUAUGGGCGUGAAGACAAGGGAAAGAUGGCACAAGGCGAACUGGGAUGAGAUUCGAAAGACGCCUGAGGCGAUCCACCUCGCAAGGGAAGCAUGGCUACUCAAUUUUGACGCAGAGAAGGACUGUUAUGAACGAUACGCAGCGGUGGCGAAGGACUUGGAAGGCGAUCGGGCCAGACUGUAAACGAUUGCGAUUUCGCUGAUGCUACGAUAGAUGCUAGAAUCUGCGCUCACGAGCAAUUCUACGACUGUGCU